CUGCGCCAGAUGUUGGCAACCAAGAGCGUGGAGAACAUCCAGUUCCUGCCCUUCCUCACCACCGAUGUCAACAACCUGAGCUGGCUGGGCUACGGCUGCCUGAAGCAGGACUGGACCCUCAUCACUGUCAACACCAUCGGGGCAGCCCUGCAGACCCUCUUUGUCCUGGUCUACCUCUACUACAGCCCCGCCAAGCGCCCCGUGCUGUUGCGGAGCCUGCUGCUCCUGGCUGUGCUGGUUGCUGGUUACGGCUACUUCACCCUCCUGAUCCCUGACAUGGCGACGCGCCUGGGGCACCUGGGGCUCUUCUGCAGUGUCUUCACCAUCAGCAUGUACCUCUCUCCGCUGGCUGACUUGGCCAAGAUUGUGCGGAGCAAGUCAACACGCUGUCUGUCCUUCCCCCUGACUGUCACCACCUUCCUGGCCUCCACCAGCUGGACACUCUACGGCCUGCAGCUCCACGACCCCUACAUCACGGUCCCCAACGUGCCAGGGAUCAUCACCAGUGUCCUGCGGUUCUGGCUCUUCUGGCAGUACCCACCAGGGCCAGACAGGCCCCACCGACCCCUCCAUGCCUGA